AUGGAUGAGGUGGAUGGGGCGUCAGACGGAGCGAAGGGGGCCAACCAAUCAGGGAUGGACUGGGCCCCUUCAUGCCUUCGUUCGACCGAAGUCCAACAUUUGCUGGAGGAGUUUGCAAUUCCUCCAAGAUCUUCUGAUCUCUCCCUUCUUCUGGAAAAACUGAAUGAAAUGCCUUAUGAUUGUAAGAGCAUGAUUGAGGAAAAGCUUUUCAGCCAUUUUAGGUUAAGCCAGUGGUACGGCCAAGGCCACCCAAUGAAGCCACACCGCAUCCGCAUGGCUCACAAUCUCAACGUGGACUGCUCCCUCCACCGGCGGAUGGAGAUCAACCGCCCGUUCCCCGCCGGGCCCGGGGACAUAGGCCGCUUUCAUUCGCUGGAGUACGUCGAGUUCCUCUCCUCCGUCACCCCGGACACGCUCCAGGCCAUACUCACGCGCGUCAACGUUGGCGAAGAUUGCCUUGUUUUUUAUGGGCAAUUCGGUUUCUGCCAGGCCUCCGCCGGCUGCUCCAUUGGUGCUGCCGUUAAGCUUAACAGGCAGGAUUCCGACAUUGCGAUUAAUUGGGCAGGCGGGUUGCAUCAUGCGAAGAAGAGCGAGGCUUCGGGGUUUUGUUAUGUUAAUGAUAUUGUAUUGGGGAUUCCUGAGCUCCUUAAAGUCCAUAGGCUGUGUACUUUACAUAGUCAUGGAUAUUCAAAAUGGGGAUGGUGUUGAGGAGGCCUUUUAUGUAACAGACCGGGUGAGACGGUCUCACUCCUUAAGUUUGGCGAUUCUUUUACUGGACCUGGGCACAUUAAAGACAUUGGGGUAGGUGCAGGGAAGUGUUAUGCUCUUAGUGUCCCACUGAAUGAUGGACUGUUUAUUCCGUCCCAUCAUCCAGAAAGUAAUGGAGGUCCACCAGCCGGACGCUGUUGUUCUUCAAUGUGGGGCAGAUUCAUUGGCUGGUGAUCGGUUGGGUGCUUUAAUUUAUCUGUGAAGGGCCACGCAGAUUGCCUUUGUUUCUUAAGGUCGUCCGAUGUUCCUCUUAUGGUUUAGGGUGGGGGAGGAUAUACAAUGAGGAAUUUCGCCCGUUGCUGGUGUUAUGAGGUCCCUCUCUAUCCUUUCUCUCCUCUGUGUGUGUGGGUUUAUUCAUGAGCUGGCUAUCUAUUUAUUUGUAGUACAUGCAAUUCUUUGUGUAUGGCUUUUGUUGGUGUUUCAAUGAAUCAUUUAAGGUCUGAUAAAUUUGUGGGAUGUCAACUGAGAUUUUGCUGCUUUUUGUUAGACUGCUAAUCAGUGGUGUGUCCAAGACAGGUUCUCCGGGUACUCUCCAACCUUCCUUAGUAGAUGUCUCUCCUAUGCAUUCAUUUUUAUAGGGAUCCUCGAACAUUAUGCUUUCUGAUAGAGUUUCAACCAAGUACAAGUUAUACAGAGAAAAAGCUUCACUGCGUGCUAAAUUUUGCGGAUAGCUCGUCAAGUUUUGUAUUAUCUCCUUUCUGUGUUGCCAAUGUUGUUCAAGUGUAAAGUUGGCGUCCAGUAAAACGAGACUUUUUUUUUUACCAUCCUAAAUAUGCAAUACUUGAAUGAAUCCACCUC